AUGAAGGCGUUGUUGGCGCUGUUUCCGGCGCUUGCAGCAGCAGCACUACGUUCGAAGGUUGCGCGUGAAGUGUCCGUCCCUUCUGUUCAGAGUAUGGAAGCAGCAGUUGCCCAGUUGAUCCAGCACAAGAAGGAGCCGGUCAGUCAGGAGCUGGUGAGCGAAAUCAAAACGCUCCUGGAAGACACGGUGAUGCCCCACCUGCACCAGCAGCGGCAACACAUUCAGGCACAGCUUGAUGCGGCUUCUCAGCACUUCGAGGAGUGCCAGGCCGCAACGCCAGAAAGGGAAAGGACUGCUCCGCUCCGUGCAGAGCACGAGGGCUGCCGAUAUGCGGAGUCAGCGGCGGUGGACCAACAUGCAAGCUGCAUCUCCGAACUGGAGUCUCUGGAAGCAGCGAAAGAUGAACACUGCCGUGCUUUCAAUGAAUUGAAUCAAAUUCCGGAGGCAUCCUGUGGAGUGCGGAGCGGAGAGAAUGCCACAGCAUGGUAUGUUCGGAUCUUGGCCGAGCUCCACUGGGCACAAGAACGUCUCGUGAAAGCUGAAGCCACAUGCAACGCAGCACGACUCGCACACACAGCGAAGGUGGGCACCUGUGCCGACGCGCAGAAGGUUCUGGCCGCUCUCAGGGCAAACUGCAGUGCAAAGCAGCUGGCCCUGGACCAAGCAGGCUGUGACUUGUACGACUCGGCGCUGGCAAGCUGCAGUGCAGAGGAAGCAUGCUACCAGCAGCGGCGCAGCAGCCACGACACGCUACUGGCGAAUGCGCGCGACCAGGAGAAGACCCUCAAGGUCGAGCUUGAGGCAUUGCUGCGAAUGCAGUGUCUGCUCGAGACUCUCAGCCAUCGCCACAUCGAAGCAGCAAUCGACGAGUGCAAGGGCAAGAAGCAUGACACCGAGAAUAUAUCCCUGGUGUAUCACAACAUCUCAACGACUUCGAACUGCAGCGUUCCUGGAGACUUGAAACCAGGCACAGUGGCUUAUGAACGACGUCUUUUCGCAGCGUUGCCUGACGUCGUGCCGAGCCGCUGUGGCGCCACAUGCUGUGUGUCACAGCAGCUGCUUCCUGCGGCGCCUGUGUACCAGGCAGUGCGCCAGUGCUACAGCUUCCGAGCAGCCUAUUCACCUCCUCUGAUUCCGGGAGAAGAGCGGACAGUUGAGGAUACUGCGCAGGACUGCCAGCAAAGGUGCAAGCGGACGGUGGGAUGUGGUGGCUUCAGCUACACUUGGGAUGGAGGCUGUUUUGUCGCCCACCGAUCUGCUACGAAGAUCUUUCAGCCGGGAGUCGUUGCUGGCCCCAUGGACUGCCUUGGCAUCCCGAACGAAUGCUACGGCUAUAACAGGAAGUUCACACCAGAGCUGGAUGGUCAUGCCGGCGGUGCCGUCAAGGUGGCCUCCGAGGAGGAAUGCCAGAAACGUUGCUUUGACACCGUGGGUUGUGGGCACUGGAUCCUUUGGUGGGACAUGCGCUGCCACCUAGCAGGAGCAGAUGCUUCGAUGAGCUACGAGCCCGGCACCGUCAGUGGGCCGUCACAGUGUGCCCAGGGGGUGAGUGUCGUCACCUAG